AUGGCUCAAGUUAUGGAUCAUGCGAAUCAGGAAAUAUCCGGAACAUCUACAUUAGAUAGUUGGAACAUACAGACCACAAACGACAUGCUUCUGAUGCAAAUUUUUUGCCGCAAAAUGCCCAAAUGUGAAUUUCAUGCGCAUUUGAGUGGUUGUAUUAGCCUUAAAAUGCUACAUAUGCUGGAUUUAAGACGUCGAAAUGAAUAUGGGACCGAUAUAGCUUCCGAUGGUCUAAAUAAACUCAGUGAAUACAAUCGAAAGCCAAGGAAUUUGGAGGAAGCAUUCAAACUAUUUCCACUCAUACAGCAACUAGUUGUCCGACCUGAAGAUGUUACAGAGAUCUACACCCCGACAAACGACAUACAUGUCGAAGGAAGAAUAUGUAAAAGCGUCAUAACAGGUGUAGUCAAGUCCAGACAGCUUUUCCCGAACAUUUGCGUCCGUUUAUUGCUUAGCAUUGAUCGACGACAAACGGUUGAAGAAGCCGAAGAAACGCUAAAUCUGGCUUUGCGUUAUGGAAAAUAUAAUGAUGAUAAGGCAACAAGUGGAGUCAUUAUUGGUAUUGAUAUAAGUGGAGAUCCAAAAUAUGACGCACGGAAGUUUUUGCCGCUUCUGCGGAAAGUUAAGAAUGAUUUCCCCGUCAUUGCAUUUCAUCUAGCUGAGGUAAUUUGUGCAUAG